AAAGUCAUAUGAGCCAAUUCAGUGUGAUUUUGUUUUCGUUUUAUAGAGUCGAAUUCCGCCUUUUUUAUUUCUGUUUUUUUGAACAAUUUUUCCACAAAAAAGGGUAUCGAUACUCGAUAGAGAAUUUCGAGUAUUGAAAGGCCACGGCCUUUUUGUUCUCGGCUUCGUCUCCGUUCCCCGAUGGGAUAAAUGCUCCGAGGUAGAAAGGUAUCCCAUUGGCCGUAGUAAACCAAACUAAGGACCCGUUCGUUGAUAUUUUCAUAACUAUAGCAAGAUGGAUGACCUAGAAGUGGAAGUUUGCGGCGAGAACGGUGCUUAUUACAAGGCAUAUGUAACUGACGUUUUUGAUAAAGAAGUAUCUGUUGCAUUUGAAAAUGAAUGGCAAGCUGAAUCAAAAUUUGUUUUUGACCUGGUCCGUCUUGCGGCCCCCAAAGAUGUGCCUGCCAAGGCCUUCAAAGAGAAUGAGGAGGUUGAAGUUUUUUCUAGGUCAAAUGACCAUGAAUCCAGUGGUUGGUGGAGGGCUGUUAUCAAAAUGAUGAAAGGAGACUUCCUAGUAUUGGAAUACCUUGGCUGGGAAACCACAUACACGGAAAUUGUACCUUCAGACCGACUCAGGCAUAAAAAUCCAAACCCUCCAAUAACAAGUAAAACAUUUACAAAAUUUGAGAUAGAAGUACCUGAAGAACUCCGGGAAUAUGCUAAAAAAGAUGAUGUUCACAAAAGUUUUCAAGAUAUCAUAGACGCUGCAAUAUGCAGGUACAUACCUGAAAGAGGGGUACUGAGUUUCAUAUCAAGGCACGAAGAGUCAAAAAAGAGAGCCCAGAUGUUACAAGAGAUGCACUUUAGAAACCUUCAUCAAAAACUUCUUCUUUUAAAAAGGACAGAAGAAGCUCAAAAACAACUUGAGUCAACAAAAAUUCAGAAUACUGCAGGGUAUGUUUAUUCUGAUGAGUUUUCUGUGAAAGAAGAUCUGAUGGGUUUGGCAAUAGGUGCUCAUGGAGUUAAUAUUCAACAAGCGAGGAAAGUUCCCGGUAUAACAAAUAUUGAAUUAGAGGAAGGCUGUACAUUUAAAAUUCAUGGUGAAACAGAAGAGGCCGUUAAAAAAGCAAGAACGAUGCUAGAAUACAGUGAAGAGUCAAUGCAAGUUGAGAGAAGCUUAGUUGGUAAAGUUAUUGGGAAAAAUGGCCGGACAAUACAGGAAAUAGUAGAUAAAAGUGGAGUAAAGGUCAGAGUUAAGAUAGAAGGGGACAAUGAGCCUCAGCCAUCGCUUCCAAGGGAAGAGGGCCUGGUGCCUUUUAUGUUUGUCGGGACGCUAGAGAGCAUUACCAAUGCUAAGAUCUUACUAGAAUAUCAUCUCGCUCACUUAAAAGAAGUUGAUAAAUUAAGGCAAGACAAGGAAGCUAUAGAAAACCAAGUCAGAACCAUGCAAGGCUCUACUAUGGGUUCAAGCAUGGGAUUCCAAGCGCAACGACGAAACGAAAGGCUUUUUUUGACAAAUGAACAAACACGCAAACAAGAACGAACUGAAAAAAACGAACUGCCUGUUAAGUGUGAACAGUACUGCGCGCUGUCUGGUGUAGGACUGUUAAGAGACCGGGAGAGAGGAAAGCCCAUCAGGUUCUCAAAUAUAUCUGUUGAAUUCGAAAAACCACGUGUUGAACAAACUCGGUACAAGAAGGGUUAUAACUCAGAGAUGGAUGUGGGCAGUGGAAGAGGAGCCAGAGGUGGUCAGCCCAGGGGAAGGGGUAGAGGAAGAGGUGGUCCUGGAAGACAUGAUGGUGGCAGAUACUCAGGUUCAAGACACCAAACACCUGAUACAGAUGAAAGGGUAAAAGAUGUUAGUGGUAGAGGAGGCUAUGGUGGACGUGGCACGUAUCCAAGGCGAGGCGAUAGAGGUGAAAGGUCUGUUCCACCGUCAAGAGUCAACAAUACACAAAGGCAACCUAGGCAAGAUGAAGAUCCUCAUCAACCACAAGAAAACUUUGAGACUGGAGAUACAGCUAUGAACAACAUCCCUACACCACCAGUUGAAAAAAGUUCAAGUAAAGAGGGUGUGAACAACAUUGAAGCACCAAAAGGGCAAAGAAAGAAUCAAAAGGGACAGAAGAGGCUGGAGAAGAAGGAGCCCUUGUACAAUGGGACAACGGCUUAGCUCUUCGAACACACAACAGUUGAUCCGUCUAGUCACCUCCUGAUACGCCAUCUGUAGCCAAAAUCAUUAUUUGAAAAACAAAAAUACAUCAACAAUAAGAGAAUUAUCAUAUUCACUUCUCCCUCAUCCAUGGGCCUAUUUGCUAUUUCUCAAAAGAAAGGAAAAGGCUGCAGGAGUCGUAGUCCAGGGGCUAGGCCCACACCUCCAAAUGCGAUGAUGAUAAAAUAUAUUACCAACUAUUAUUUAUAUACAAAACAGAAUUUAAAAAAAUCUAUUUAAAGGUAUAUAAUUUGAUGGCAUUUUUUUAAAGCUGUCGGUUGUUUGAAUCAAACUGCUUUUUUCUAUCGAUUAUUUUUAACUGCCAUGAGGAAAUAGCUCGUUUAUCAACUUUUUCAUUAAUGUUCUUUUUUUGUAAUUAUGUUGCUUUUGAGCUAUACAUCUCAUACACUCUUUCCCUCCUCAUAUGAUGUCUUAGCACAACAUAAAGGGCAUCACUUUCAUUUUUGUUUUGUUAUUUUUAAAUUCGUACUUAUAAAAGAGUUUUUUUUUUUUUUUCAGAAUUAAUACCUGUGAUUUUGUUGUAAUUAUUAGUAUUAACAUUAAUAAAACUUUGGUAAAUUGGUUUUUGCUUUGCAAACUGUUUAUUAUAAAUUAAUAAAAAAGUAUAUAAAAACAACGUAAUAGUUAGUUGCCAAUAUUAACCUCCAAAAGCUUUUUCAGAAGAUAAUAAAUAGUAAGGGAUAUAAAAUAUAUGAAGAAGGAAAAUAAAUCAACAGCCCAUUUACUGAAUUACAUUACAGGAUUUUCAAAAGCGAUGUAAUAAAUAUUGUAUCUUCCAAAUGAUUUAAAUGUUUAAUAUUAAAAGUGUCUCUUAGCUUUUAACAUAUCAAUAAUGGUAUGUAAAUUAGUUUUCAUCACUUGCUUUAUAUUUUAUAGAUACAAAAAGAGAUAGUAAAAUGAGUCUCUUAGUUACAGACCUCUAAACAUGACAGAGCUUGAUUAUUCUAUUUUUCAAUGUUAUACUUAAAAAAUACCUCGCUCAUUUUCGUUAAUGUAAAUAGCAUUUCUUUUUACAUUGUUUGUAAGCUAUUAAAAAUAUUGUUUCAUUUCAAAAUUAGAAACUAGUGUGGCUAUAGUUUUGAUUUCUAAAAGAUUCGCACAGUCUAACUAUAAGUUGCGUUAAACAUAAUUAUUGCCACUUUUCUUGCUUUUUGUCUUCAUUUUUCUUGUAAAUUAACUCGGAUAUAACUAUUAUAAACUAUAAAUUGUGGAGUAAAUAAGGAAAAGAGGAAGCUUAAUUGCCUUGCAGAUUUUUUUUUACAGGGUGAAAUUUUUGAAUGAUCAAAUGUAAUCAUGAAAAGAGGCUUUUAUCCUUAUAGGAUAUUUUCCAUGUAUUUUACAAAUUAAAUACAAAUAAUUUGGAAAAGAGAUAUUGUUCAGAUCGUAUUUUUUGUGAGGGGUAUAUAUAUUAUUAUUUUUUCUUUUUAGUUUUAAUAUUUUAUAUUGAUGAUAAUGAUUAUUGUAACAAAGAUCUGAACUUGAUAGAAUAUCACAAGAUUGAUAUAUAAUUAUAAAUUAUUUAUACAUAAACAUAUGUAUAAAAAAACACCCAACCGAAGCCUGCGUAACACUAACUUGGACAAACGAUUAUCAGAAGUGUAUGUUGACAUUCAUAGCAGAUGACUGUUUUUAAAGGCGUUUUUUGUUUUAAAUAA